GUUUCCAUGCAACUGUAAACAAUGAAACCGUAGGGGGUUGUUCUCUUCGUCAAACAAACUAAUCAUUUCUGUCGUCGUUAACCUUACUUAGAAAUGGCCUAUUCACAGUCGCCUAAGAAGGCCGGUAUACCACGAGAGGUUUUGAAAUGGCUGCAAAGUCUUGAUUUAACGUUUUUUCCAAAAAACGUGCGCAGAGACUUUUCCAACGGAUACCUAGUGGCAGAAAUAUGUUCCUGGUAUUUCCCAGAGGAUUUUCAUAUGCACUCCUAUGACAAUGGAACUUCCUUGGCUACCAAACAAUCAAACUGGUCCCAGAUUGAGAAAUUUCUUGUGAAGCAAAACAUCAGUCUGAUGAAGGAGAUCAUAGAUGGCACAAUCCACUGUAAACCUGGAGCUGCAGAGCUUCUUGUGCAGGAGAUUUACAGCAUUCUGACCAACAGAAGGAUCCAAACCAUACAGAAGGUGGAGCAAGGCUUCACAGACAAGGCUUACCAAGACCAGUUGCCCAUGGUGGCUCGUUCCACAGCCUCAGUGGCCAUAAAGAGCAACUUGAGACUCAGUGAGGUUAUAGCUGAACCAAACAUCAUCAUCAACCAGUGCAAGGUCCUUGCAAUCAUACACAGGCACAUAGAACAGAGAAAAGAGGAGAGAACCCAAGACCCAAAACGAUUCGAUGUUAAGCCCACUCUUGGAGAACAGGCUGUCAGAUUGUCUCCACUGUUAGCCCACAAGAGCGAGCCAAACCUGCUGAUGAACACCAGUCAAGCAGCUUGUUAAGUGCCUGGCCCUGGAUUCCCAACAGAAGGAUGAGAUAUACGUUCAGUGGCGUCUGGAUUCAGAAGCAAAUGCUUUGCCGAUAUUGGAGGCAAAUAAUGAGACUGUUUAAGGUAGAUGUCCAAUGAAGGUCUUCAAAGUACAUUCAAAAUGAGGCCCUAUAUAUCUGAGCACAAGAUUCAUUCCCACAAUAAAAGAAAGUCUAAGAAGCAUACA